AUGCUGCGGUACCUGCUGAAGACGCUGCUGCAGAUGAACCUGUUCGCAGACUCGCUGGGAGCCGAGGGCUCCAACUCCUCUCAGCUCCUGCUCGGUAUCAACCAAACCAUCGCAGCUCUCCACGUCCCCGGCUUCCCCCCGGGCAACGAAUCCCACCCUCAGCUGGAGGACACAGCCCCCCGGAUCGUUGAGCACCCCACGGAUCUCCUGGUCUCUAAGGGAGAACCGGCAACUUUGAGUUGCAAAGCAGAAGGUCGCCCAUCCCCAGCUGUGGAGUGGUACAAAGAUGGGGAGAGGGUGGAAACAGACAGGGAAGACCCUCGUUCCCACCGCACCCUCCUCCCCGGGGGGUCCCUCUUCUUCCUCCGCAUCCUCCACGGUCGCCGAGGGAAGCCUGAUGAGGGAGUCUACGUGUGUGUGGCCAGGAAUUAUCUAGGAGAGGCCAUCAGCAGGAAUGCCUCGUUGGCAGUGGCCGUGCUGAGGGAUGAUUUCCGACAGCCCCCCGGGGACGUGGUGGUGGCAGCGGGGGAACCGGCCGUCCUGGAGUGUGUCCCACCCCGCGGGCACCCCGAGCCCAGCGUCUCCUGGAAGAAGGAUGGUGCUCGGCUGAGUGACAAGGAUGAGCGUCUGACGAUCCGUGGAGGGAAGCUGAUGUUGGCCACCACCCGCAAGAGCGACGCCGGCGUCUACGUCUGCGUGGCCACCAACGUGGUGGGGGAGAGGGACAGUGAGCCGGCUGAGCUGGUGGUCUUUGAGCGCCCGGCGUUCGGCAAGAGGCCCCUGAACCAAGCGGUGCUGGUGGAAGGGACGGUGGAGUUCCCCUGCGAGGUGGUGGGUGACCCCCGGCCGGCGGCUCGCUGGCGCAAGGAGGAAGGCGAGAUGCCAGCGGGCAGGUGGGAGGUGCUCCCUGACAACACGCUGCGGAUCAGCCGGCUGCAGCCCGAGGACGAGGGCACCUACACCUGCGUGGCCGACAACAGCGUGGGCAGGUCGGAGGCAUCGGGCACCCUGACGGUGCAUGUGCCCCCUCAGAUCAUCACUGGGCCCCGUGACCAGACUGUCACCCCUGGCCAGAGCGUCACCUUCCAGUGCCAGAGCAGAGGCAACCCACCACCCGCUGUGUUUUGGCAGAAGGAGGGUAGCCAGACUCUGCUGUUCCCAGGGCAGCCCCCACACCCCACCUCCCGCUUCUCGGUGAGCCCCAACGGUGCCAUCACCAUCACCGACGUGCAUCCCUCUGAUGCCGGUUCCUACCUGUGCCAGGCUCUCAGCGUGGCUGGCAGCGUCCUGGCCAAAGCCCGACUGGAGGUGGCAGAGGCACUGGCUGAGCCCCGACCGCCGGUGAUCCGCCGGGGUCCUGCUAACCGGACGGUGCUGCCGGUGGGCUCCACGGCACAGUUGCCAUGCUGGGUAGGGGACGGGGACCCCCCGGCUCGUGUGGGGUGGCUGAAGGAUGGGAGUGCACUGGUGGGUGCCCAACCCCGUGCCAGUCUGCUGGAGAAUGGCACCCUGCAGAUCACCCACCUCCGGGUGACGGACUCGGGGCACUACGAGUGUGUGGCCACCAGCUUGGCGGGCGAGACACGCUGGGGCAGCUUGCUGGAGGUCCAGGGUGAGGGAUCCAACCUCUCCCUACCUUUCCCUGAGCCUGGGGUGCUCCCCGGGCCACCCUCCACCCCUCUGGUCACCAACAUCACCAAAAGCAGCGUGACCCUGAGCUGGAAAGGGAACCAGGACAGCACCACCAGCGAUGUCACCUACAUAGUGGAGGCUUUCAGCCAGGCAGCGGGUGGCCCGUGGCGGACGGUGGCGGCCAACGUGGCUGGUGAGACCCACACGGUGAGCGGCCUCAGCCCCGACACCGUCUACCUCUUCUUGGUGCGGGCGGUCAACAACCACGGGCUCAGUGACCCCAGUGGCAUCUCCGAGCCCGUGUGCACCCAAGGUGAGACCCACCCCACUCAGCAAGGGCUGGACCCUGAGCGAGUGCAGCGGGAGCUGGCACAAGUGGCCGUGCACCUCCAGGAGCCCGUGGUGCUGCCCCCAGGCACCGUCCACCUCUCCUGGACCGUGGAGCGCCCGACGCCCUUCCUUCAGGGCUACCGGGUGCUGUGCCGGCGGCGCGGCGGGCGCUGGGAGGAGGCACGGGCAGCUGGGGCACCGGGGGAACGGGGGGCUCUGCUCACCGACCUGCGCCGGGGACAGGACUACGAGGUCAAGGUCCGACCCUACUUCCAUCACCUCCACGGCCCCGACAGCGCCGUGCGCGCCCUGCGCACUCCCGAGGCGGCCCCCAGUGCCCCGCCUCGAGCCGUCAGCGUGGCCGGGAACGGCACCAGCGUCCGCAUCUCGUGGCAGCCGCCGCCGCCGGCCGAGCAGAACGGCGUGAUCCGCGGUUACUGGAUUUGGUGCUUGGGCAACGAGAGCCGCUUCCACAUCAACCAGAGCGUGGAGGGGACGGCGCUGGCGACGGUGCUGAGGGGACUGAUCCCCGGCGUCCCUUACCGUGCCGAAGUCGCUGCCGCCACCGGCGCCGGCGUGGGAGCCCGCAGCCCUCCCGUGCCCAUCCGCAUCGGUGAGUCCCUCCUCGCUGCCUCCCUCCCCUACGAGCCAGGGAGGGGGGACGCCGAGGUUUCUCCCCACACCCCCCCGCAGCCCGCUGGGGACCGCUGCUGUGUCCCCCACGUGUCGCUUGCAGCCCCCCCGGCAGAGCGGGAUGCUGGGCCGGUGGGUGGGAGCAGCGUGGCCGGGCGCUUGGCCGAGGUGGCCCGGCAGCCGGCCUUCAUCGCCGGCAUCGGCGGCGCCUGCUGGGUCAUCCUCGCCGCCUUCGCCGCUUGGCUCUACGGCCGCCGCCGCAGGAAGAAGGAGCUCAGCCACUUCACCGCCUCCUUUGCCUAUACACCCCCGGGCAAGCCCAUAGGUGCCGCGGGAGCCCGGCGCGGCCUCACGCCGCCGGCUCUUCCCGCCGUCGCCUUCCCAGCUCUGGCACAUGGCAGCCCCAGGGCAGCCACCGGCGCUGGGUACCCGUGGCUGGCAGACGUGUGGCGCAGCGGCACAGCCGGUGCCACCGGGUGCUUGGGGACCACCGAGAGAUACUACAACGACGCCGGCAUCACCCGUUACAUCGCCCAGACGGAGCAGUUUGGGGCAGGGGCCGGCGAGGGGCCGGUUUACAGCACCAUCGAGGCAGGCGGUGAGGAGCUCCACGCUUUCCCCCGGCCCUUCUCGCAGCAUGGGACCCCUUACCCCGAGGGGGGUCCACAACCCAUGGAUACCCUGGCCCCCCAAGCACCCCGUGGCUGGGCUGAACACGGGGCCAAAGCGAAGAAGCUGGGGCAAGCGGUGAAGCCACCUGCGGUGAGCUGGACAGAGCUGCUGCCCCCACCACCCUCAGCCAGCGAGCUCAGCCGCUGCACCCAGGAGGAGGAGGAGGAGGAUGAAGAGCAAGAAGCAGUCAGAGGGCUGAGGAUGGAGGAGUGGUACCCUGGUGAGGAUGUCCCCUGUGCCACUGCUGCAUCCUCGCCCGUGGCCUCAUCCGGCUGCCGGUCCACUGCCACGCUGACGCCGUCGCCCCGCACCGCUGAGGACAUUGCCCACCUCCAUGACUUCGAUAGCCCCCGCCUCACCCGGAGACCCUCCUAUGGCACCAGCACUCCGCCACGGGCACCCAGCCCCUCACUGAAUCCGGAUGCCAACCAGGGCCACCCAUCCCGAGCCCACCGCCUCCCUGGCACAGGGAAAACACGUGAGGAGACCCCAAAAAGUCGCCCAAAGCCCAAAUGCAGCCGCUACCGGUGCGAGAAGCAGCCAGGAGACCUGCCACCGCCACCGCUGCCGCCGCCAGGCGAGAGCCCCAUCCCCUCGCUGGAGCGGGAGCCGAGCAGGGUUCCCCAUCGCCCACCCCGCGGGGACGAAGCAAUGCCCUGCUCCAAACCCUCCUGCUUGCCACGAGGCCAAGUGUCCGGCAGCUGCUCCACCACGGGCAGCGUCUCGUCCCGCGGUUCCACCGGCUCCCGCGGCCGGACCCUGGGAGAGCGCCGGCACCGCCCGGGACCUCCAUUGCCCUGCCCGCCACAGGAGAAGCGAUGA